AUGAUCGAUCGAGUUGUCUAUGACAGCCCUCACCUACGCAACUCUUCCAAGAUUGUUCAGGGGCUUGGCGAUCACUUGUAA